AUGAGGCGAACUGUAGAGCAGACGACCCGCAUCUCGACGGAGGAAGCCAUCGAGCGCCUCGAAGACUUCCCCCGCAGCGGCAGCUUUUCGCCUCGUCACAGCCGUAAUCACAGCCUCUCGAUGGCUGAUAGCAGCUACUUCCCAGCUUUCUCGGCCCUUAACAGCCCUCUCGCAAAUAUUGGAGCAACCGCCCCUAACGCGAUCCAUCGAGGCGUAUCUUUCUUCCAAGCAAGCAGCCGCGACAAGCUUGGAUACGCUACAAGCCUUGACAGCUACGACAACAACGGCGCCAACACGCCUGGCUCGGUGCACAACCAUGCAAGAGGAUACUCAAGCUCCACCGCAGUUCCCGCGGCUGGCUUGUACAGCGCUCCCGCCAACACAUCGCUGACCAACGUCGCACUCAAGUACCGCAAGCCUUUUGCACAGCACGUGCUCAAGGAGGGCGAACCGGCAGAAAAGCCCUGGUUGAAGAGCAAGAAGCGUCACUCUGCCAAACGCAAAGCCUACUGGACCUUUCUACUUGCCAUGUCGAUCGGUUUGGUCGGUGCUGCUCUGCUCAUGUACUUUGCCUACGCAUCGGUACCCAAGGGCAAGUACUGCCUAGUUCUCGACGAGCAGUUCGAAGGCACGACGAUCAACAAGGACAUCUGGUUCCACGAGAUGGAAACCAGUGGCUUUGGCAACAAGCAGUUUGACUGGACUACCGAUUCGACCAACAACUCGUUUGUCGAAGACGGAAAGCUCUACAUUGUCCCCACGCUCACCUCGGAUGCCUUGGGAGAGGCAGCCAUUACCAACGGCUACACGCUCAACCUCACCGAGUCUGGCCAGUGCACCGCCUUGAACACGUCCGACGCCAGCUGCGCCGUCAGAUCCAACUCGAGCACCGGUGUCAUCCUUCCGCCUAUUCAAUCGGCGCGUCUGAUGACCAACUUCUCGCGCACCAUCAAGUUCGGCAGAGUUGAGGUCAAGGCACGUAUGCCCACGGGCGACUGGAUGUGGCCUGCUAUCUGGAUGAUGCCCAAGGAUUCCGUCUACGGGCCCUGGCCGCGUUCGGGAGAGAUUGACAUCUUCGAAGGCCGCGGCAACCUCCCCACUCACCGCGAGAGCCAAGGCACCAACGGAAUGGCUUCCACGCUGCACUAUGGUCCCGAUCCUUUGUUCGACGGCUACGGGUUUGCCACCAAACUUCGCAACCUCUGGAGGAACUGGUUCAACCAAGACUCGCACACGUUUGGCUUGGAAUGGACCGAGGACAAGCUUUGGACAUGGGAACAUUCGCCAAUAUUCAAGAACCUCGUGGUCAACUACGGCAGCGGAUUCUGGAAGAGAGGACAGUUUCCCACCCAGAUGGGCAACGGUACGCUCCUCGACAACCCCUGGGCUGGCGCUCAGGGUCCCCACGCCAACGCUGCUCCCUUCGACCAAGAGUUCUACCUGAUCCUCAACGUGGCCGUCGGAGGCACCAACGGCUACUUCAAAGACGGUCUGGGCGACAAUAAGCCGUGGUCGAACGACGCCGAGUACGCCGCCGGCCAAUUCUGGGCAGCAAAGGACAAGUGGCUGCCCACCUGGCCUCAAGACCCCAAGAAGCGCGGUAUGGAGAUCGAAUACGUCAAGAUGUGGCAGAAGUGUUGA